AUGUCGACGAUGGAGCGCCACUCAACCUCCGUAACGCCCGUUGCUCGGCAACCCAGCCUGGACGACAUGAACCUGGACCAGUUCCUAAAGAUAUCCAACUAUGAAGACACGGUUAAACAGCUAGACAUUUAUUACGGCAUCGUGAAACGACAGCUAUUGCAGUUUCAAAGUCCAAUCACGGGUCUGUUCCCAGUACUUAGCACGGACCGGGAGGUGGGCAGCAUACGGGACAGCGUGUACUGUGCGGCGGCGAUCUGGAGCCUUUACCAAGCGUACCGCAGAAUCGACGACGAUCGUGGUAAGAGCUACGAGCUGGGACAAUCCGCGGUAAAGUGUAUGCGCGGCAUACUGGAGUGCUGGAUCAAGCAGGCCCAUCGGGUGGAAAAGUUCAAAUCGCGCCAGUGUGCCGUCAACGCACUGCACUGCAAGUUCCACCUGGACACCGGCGAGGAAAUCUAUUCCGAUGAAAACUACAACCAUCUACAGAUCGAUGUCGUGUCGAUCUAUCUCAUCUUCCUGGUGCAAAUGAUUACGUCCGGGUUGCAGAUCAUCUACACGCAGGACGAGGUUGCGUUUGUGCAGAAUCUGGUGUAUUACGUCGAGCGGGCGUACCGUACACCCGACUUUGGCAUGUGGGAGCGAGGCUCGAAGUACAACGACGGCACACCCGAAAUCCAUGCGUCCUCGAUCGGUAUGGCAAAAUCGGCCCUGGAAGCGAUCAAUGGAUGCAAUCUGUUCGGCGAGAAGGGUGCCUCGUGGAGCGUCGUUUACGUGGACAUUGAUGCGCACAACCGUAACCGUAGUAUCUUCGAAACGAUGUUGCCCCGUGAGUCGAGCUCGAAGGGUGUGGACGCAUCGCUGCUACCUACGCUUUCCUUCCCGGCCUUUGCUUCCCACGAGGAGCGACUGGUGGACAUGAGCAAGCUGAAUGUGGUGCGUCGGCUGAAGGGUAAAAAAGGCUUCAAACGGUUCAGCCGGGAUGGAUACCUGUCCAGGUUGGAAGAUAAAACGCGACGCUACUAUCAUAAGGGAGAAAUCAAGGACUUUGAAGGGUACGAGUGUGAGUGGCCCAUGUUCUACACGUACAUGAUCAUCGACGGAGUGUUUAAGAACAAUUUGGAACAGAUCGAGGAGUACCAGAUGGAGCUACGGAAGUGUAUGCACUCGGACAAUAAUGGUGAUCCUGUCGUUUCGAUGUGCUACGCUCCGGACGGAGACGGAAUGUAUACGCGUGCCUCCUCGCAGUCGCUUUUCCUGUGGGGUCAAUCGGUGUUCAUCAUUGCCCAGCUGCUUACCGCCGGUUUGUUGCACAUUAACGAGCUGGACCCGAUCCGGCGAUACUUGCCCUCGUACAAUCGACCGCGGAAAGGUGGCCGCUAUUCCGCUUUUCAGGCGAAACCGGGAAUUCGUACGAAAAUCGGAAGUGCCCUGGCCAUGCAUCGACCUGUUACGCCACCGCAAAUUGUAGAGCGUCAGGAUCAAAUGUCGGAUUCGUCCAGCGAACCAGCGAGAGGUACAGCAACCGAUCUGGUAGUGCAAAUAGUGCUGAUUGCUGAAUCGAUGCGUCUUCAAGCCAUGAUGGCAACGUACGGUAUUCAAACGCAGACACCGCAUGAGGUUGAACCCGUCCAAAUCUGGUCCUCGACGCAGCUGAUCAAUGUGUACCAGCAGCUAGGUGUGAAUGAUAAAAUUGGCCUUACCGGACGUCCACCGCGUCCCGUCGGUUCGCUAGGUACGAGCAAGGUGUACCGUAUCUGCGGCAUGACCGUCCUGUGCUAUCCACUCAUUUUCGAAGUGUCCGACUUCUACCUCUACCGUGACAUGGCUCUGCUGAUUGACGAUAUCAAAACGGAGCUGCAAUUCGUGGGCAAGUACUGGCGGCUAUCCGGUCGACCGACCGUAUGCUUGCUGAUCCGUGAAGAGCACAUGCGUGAUCCACAGUUUAAGGAAAUGAUCGAUCUGCUGGCCAUGCUAAAGAAGGGCUACUGUGACGAUAUGAAGGUACGGAUCGGGCGGUUGCAAAAUCUUAUCUCCAGUUCCUGUAUCGAGCAUCUCGAUUUUAUGUCCACCUCGGACCUGCCGGAUGUAGGCGAUACGGCAUUUGCGCAGAUCCAUCACGAUUAUAUCGGCUACCAAAGCCUAACGGACGUGCCCCGUGCACAGUCGUAUCGCGAGAAAAAGAUAACGGCUGCAGACUAUGCGACACGCUCGACACCGGACAUUCUCGAAGCGUUACGCAACACGGAAUCGAUUUUCCUACAGUGCCAGCUGCUCGGUAUUAUUCUGCAUCGCGAAGGUGCCCAUUACGAGCUGGCGGGCGAUUCAGUGCACGUGCGGCUAACCGAUCUGUACUAUCGGGCCGGUACAUUGAGGUAUUGGCGUGCGGUUCGCUACUGCAGUUCUUUGUUGCGCCAUAUCGUCGAUUCAAUUUCACCCUUCAUCACAACCCUGCUGGUGAAUGGGAAACAGAUAACGGUCGGUGUAAUUGGCCAGCGGGAGACAAUCUUCGACAAACCGAUGACACCGUCUGAGAUCCAAAACGUGAUGUAUUCGACCGUGCAGCCGUACGAUGUGAUCCAUGCCGUGCUGCAGCAAGAGGUGGUACUGUACUGUGGUCGAUUGAUCGCAACGAAUCCGGACAUUUUCAAGGGCAUACUCAAGAUUCGGGUCGGCUGGGUGCUGGAAGCGAUGCGCCUCUACCUCACGAUGAAGGGCGACGAAGGGGCGGACAUAGAGAAUUUGUCACCGUUCCAAAUCCGGCAGCUGUUGCAGCGAGUACUUACCGUGAGCCAGUGGGCGAACGAGGAUCACUUCAGCACGGUGCAGCGUCGUCAGUUGGAAGGAUGUUUGUGUCGUGUGCCGAGCUCCUUCUACAAUCUGGUGUGGGAUGUGCUGGAGCGUACACCGCACGGUAUUACCGUACAGGGGCACAACCUUCCCGCAAUGCCAACGCUCACGAACAAAAGCCGCAGCGAGCUAUCGUUUUCACUGCAGGUUGAAGAAAUGCUGCACCAAAUCACGCAACCCGAACGACGCCAGAUUGCGGUCGAGCUUCUGUGCAUUGUCGCCACUAUCCUGAGCCGUAACCCGGAGCUUCGUUUCCAGCAAGUGCUCGAUCUGGAUUUGCUGCUGGAAGAUUCGUUUGCAAUGUACUGCAAAGAUCACAGCUUGCCACCGAGUAAAGACAUUUCACCCCUGUUUUCUCUUUCGUACUCACAAACCACCGGCUAUCUGGCCCGUGCCGCAGUCAACAGUGUGCUGCAACGGUGCGCUCUCUCCACGGAGGACUUUGCCGACGAUGUGGAAGAUCAUUGCCGUGUGCAGUAG